UCACGACGACGUCGAUCACACGACCACCGGAUGGUUGCGCGAUCCAGCUUCCGCGGGCCUAGAUAAGCGCCAACGCCGUUGAAGGGCGCUAUCUUUUCGCUACUGAAUGUAACGCGUUUCAGUUGGACUCAGAGGCGGACAAGCGCAAGGACAACCAUAUAACCACACGAGCAAAUAGACUGUCAGAUAAGCAUCAGCUUACAGUUAUAAUAAUAAUAAUAGUGAGAAAAAACGCGGCCAUACAAAUUUGUAAUAAAUUUAACUAGUCUAAUUUAGCUGUGGCCUACAAAAACCGUUUACAGUUAUUGUGUUGAAGUGUGCCACAGAGUGCGCUUUCAUUUUAUCUCGUCUCUUGAAAAGUCUUUCCGCUGUAGGGUGGACACAGUUUAAAUUAAGUUCAAGUUCAACGUGAAGCCUUUAGUCUGCGGCUGUGUAGUGCGCUAGUUGAGAGAGAGAGAGCCGCCAAAAAUGUCAAGGAAUAAAAGUUUAACAAUUGAAGCCAUAGAGGAGCUGAAGCCUAUGAAAAAUGGCGACUCUUUGGACACCAAACUGACAAUCGAAGCUGUGAAAUAUGAACAACCGCCCGAAAAGCAUUGGAUUUAUAAACGCGUAUACUUCUUGAAUUGGCUACAGAAAUACGAUCGUGAAACGGCCAUUUCGGAUUUGAUUGCCGGCAUCACUUUGGGCCUCACCAUCAUACCACAGAGUAUUGCUUAUGCGGCGCUGGCGGGACUCUCAUCGGAAUAUGGCUUGUACUCGGCUAUCAUUGGUAAAAUCUUUUACGCUUUGUUCGGCACAAUUCCACAAGUAUCAAUUGGACCUACAAGUUUGAUGUCUUUGUUGGUUUUACAAUUCGUUGGGGAACGUCCAGUGCAAUUUGUAUUCGUACUCGCGUUUCUAUCGGGGCUUGUGGAGUUUCUUAUGGGCGCAUUCCAAUUGGGCUUCAUCGUGAACUUCAUUCCAACACCAGUUACGAAAGCUUUCACCAGCGCAACAGCUGUAAUCGUGGCUGCAGUGCAAUUUAAAAAUUUAUUGGGCAUAAAAAGUAAAGGUAUACCAUCGAUAGAAGUACUCGUCAAAAGUAUACGGUACUCUGAUGCCUUAUUGGGAUUGAUUUGUCUUACGGCGUUGCUCUCAUUGAGACAACUAUCCCACAUCAAUUUCAAGAAGAACACCCCAAUCACACGGAAGCUUCAGAAGUUCUUGUGGUACAUCAGCAUCUCACGCAAUGCUUUAGUUGUAUUCCUUUGCAGUUUAGCGACAUACUUUUGGAUAAAACAACGUUCCGCAGAGGCGAUUCCAUUUGCGCUAACUGCAAGAGUGAAUUCGGCUCAAUUGAAGUUUCAGCUACCGCCAUUUGCUUUCGACUACAAAAACACCACCUUUGUAUUUUCUGAUAUUGUCAACGAAUUGGGUAGCGGCAUUAUAGUGGUACCGAUUGUGGCCAUUUUAGCGAACGUGGCCAUCGCGAAGGCUUUUGUUAAGGACAAUCGCUUGGAAGCUUCUCAGGAAAUGCUUACUUUGGGAAUUUGCAACUUGGCUGGCUCUUUCUUCAAUUGUAUGCCCACUUGUGGCGCUUUCACGCGUUCCGCUGUCAGUCAGGCAAGUGGUGUGCGCACGCCCCUUUGCGGCAUCUACACAGGUUUAAUGGUAUAUCUGGCGCUCAAUAUACUCACCCCAUAUUUUGGUUAUAUACCAAAGUCAUCGAUUUCUGCGGUGCUCAUUGCGGCUGUGGUAUUUAUGAUCGACUUCUCACCCGUUAAAACGCUUUGGCUCAGCAACAAAAAAGAUUUCUUCAGUUGGGUUGGCUGCUUCAUUGUUUGUCUCUUUGCUGGUGUGCAAAUGGGUCUACUCUUUGGUAUAGUGCUGAAUAUGAUAUUCGUACUUCUACGACUGGGCAACCCCAAGGUGGAGGUGACGCUCAUGGAGUGCGAAAAUCGCAACUACGUCUUCGUUAGCCCCACCUCCGAUGUCUACUAUUCUGGCAUCGAAUAUAUACGCGAUAAGAUCAAUGAUGCCUGUCUGCUCUAUCGUGACGAUUUCCCAGUUGUGUUGGAUUGCCGACGUUUCAUGCAAUGCGAUGGCACUUUUGUCGAUGUGAUCAGUGCUGUGGCUAAGGAAUUGGAGUGUCGUGAUGUAUUAUUGGUGUUAUAUGGCACGAAUGAGAAAUUGGAAGGGCUGCUGCGUAAUUCCAGUAACAUCAACUAUUGUGAUAGUGGACGACGCAUCUGUUCCGAUGAUCUAACGCCAAAGAAACGAGAAUUGAAAAAUAUCUAAUGGCAAGUAAAUGGAGGCAAAAAACAUAGGAGGGCACGUGAUAAAGUUAAAGAAGAAGAAGAAAGAGGAGUGACGUGAAGGGAAAUGAAAACAAUUGAAAAUUUGUUGACAUCAAAGUGGCGGCAAGGCAUAUCUGUCCAUUGAAAAGCCUCUGCCUUAAUUUUACACACAGCUUUUCUACUUUGUUGGCGAUCUUAAAGAAAAUACAAUUAAGCUAUAAAAAAAUCA